CACAAAAACUAUCGUUCUGCCGUUGCUCAUGCACGCGAUCUUCAUCACCAUUGUUCAUCCUGCUCCAUCCACAUCAUCAUUUUCCCUCGUUACUGUACUGCUKGGUAUUCCAACACACUGAGUCUGAAGAAACGUCACGCUACAGCACUGUGCCCAAAACCACCCCGUACCACAAGUCGCAACAAUCCGAAAAUUCCAAAAAGCAGCAUGCCGUUACCAAAGAUUCUGGUUGCUGUCGUCGUUGAGGUGCUUCUCGUCUUGUCGCUGGUCGACGCAUUUGUGGUCCAGAAUAACAAGGCUCUCUGCCCAUCCGUCCAUCGGCAAAAUGUCGACAACAAUGGUGCUCUGUUCUUGUCCUCGGUUGGGGCCGACGAAUUUCUAGUGAAAACACCCACGAGAAGCGGCAGCAUCGAUGUUCCUGCACGUGAUUCGACGACAACAGCAACUAAUGACCGAGGAAACGAGGACGCACCAGUGACAGAAUUCUCGUCCGCCACGACAGCGGCAAUGUCACCAGCAAGUCUGUCCAUGGACGACGAAUCCACAACAAUAUUAGAUGCCGAGAAAGCAACUAGCACUCGAGAAUUCACACCUUUUCAACAGGUCGUCCGUGCCCUACCGAUUGUUACUACGGCAGCCUAUUUGUACGAUCCAAAGCCUUUGGACGAUCUCGUUACCAACAUCUACUCCGCAAUCUACAACUGGGACCUCGCCCAGGUCCCCCUAUUCGAAGCAGAGGUAGCCGUCUUUGGAUUCUUUUCGUCGAUCAUCUUCUUUUCUUCCCUCCACCUCCUGUUGGGCGAGGAAAAAACCAAGGCAUCGCGGUUCGACGGAGAACUCCCCCAUAAGCCUUUCGAAUGGGCCGAACCCCAGAACUUCCAUCUUUGGUUCAACCCGACAGCUUCGUAUCUGGGGUCCAUCUGGUUCUAUCUGACGUUUUUGCACGAAAAACCACCCAUGCCAGAGGUUGCACCGACCUUCGGGGUGUUGGCCGUCGAAACCUUGUUCGGGGUGUUUCUUUACGAUCUCUGCUUCAUGCCGAUCCAUUACCUGAUGCACAACCUGAAAAUCGGCCAGGUCCGAAGGGUCCACGGAUACCACCAUCGAAGCGGGAAUACACUGAACGCCCUGGAGACCGUCCAGCAUUCCUAUAUCGAUGGCUUCUUGCAGGUCUUUGUGAACAUUAUGGUCCAGAAAAUCAGCCCCUUUGGCGGCCCCAAGCACGUCAUGUCCCGGCUUUUGCACAACCUGGUUGUGACCUACCUCCUCUCGGAGGCGCAUUCGGGUUACCGAGACCUGCCAUGGAUGACCCACAACCUUUUCCCCGAGAUUCUGGGAGGAGCUCCCCGCCACGAGGCGCACCACCACAACGGGCGGGUCUAUUACCAGCAGUACUUCAAGUACAUCGACGAUUUCUUUGGGUUUGUCGAAAAAGACGGAGACGAAAACAAGACCAUACGGAGAGGGGUCGCACAGCGAAAGAUGGAGCAACGGGAACAAAACGAAAAGGAAACCGAGGCCGAUCGUAUCAUUGACCAUCAAUCAUCGACGCACUGAUUCCUCUGUUCCCAAAUACAUUCAGCGCGUACAAUUUUGUAAAUAUCUAUUAUGGCAUGCAACGCCAUGACUUGAAAAAUCAUUCAUAAAUCAUUGAAGAUAGC